AAUGUUGCGAUCUCAAAAAAAAUGAGAAUUUCUAUUGCAGUCGUGUUUGAAUUAAAUUUGUAUUAAUAGUAGAGCAUUUAAAAAUCAUAAAAUGGCUGGAACAUAUUACUUCGUUAUAGUAGGUCAUUCAGAUAAUCCAAUAUUUGAAAUGGACUUCAUUCCCGUGACGAAAGAUGCCAAGAAAGAGGACAACAGGCAUUUAAAUCAGUUCAUAGCGCAUGCAGCGUUAGAUCUAGUCGACGAGCAUAUGUGGAAAGUUACCAACACCUAUCUCAAAUCAGUGGAUAAGUUCAACCAAUGGUUCGUGUCUGCAUUCGUUACUGCCAGUCAGAUGCGAUUCAUAAUGGUCCACGACGCUCGCAACGAAGAUGGCAUCAAGAAUUUCUUUACUGAUGUUUAUGAGGCCUACAUCAAGUUGAUGCUGAACCCCUUCUACAAAGAAGACACUCUCAUAACACUCCCUGCGUUUGAGAAGAAAGUCCAAUUCCUUGGCAAGAAAUACCUAACAUGAUCAUUGUUGGAUUUAGUUGUUAAAUUAAUUUAAACAUAUAAUAAUUAUUGUAAAUAUUCUUACAUUAAGCUAUACAAUAAAACUCCUUACUUACUUAUUUUCCAAA